UUCUACUGUACAUGCGAGUGACGUACGUCCGUCGCUGUUUAUGUUCCGUGAAGAAACAAGCGUCUGUAUCGACUUACCUGUUUAUACCAGUAGGUCUGUAAACACGAAUAGUUUUAGUUGAGUGAAAGUUUAAUCGGGUAAUUAGUGACUUUUAAAUGGACGGAAAACAAGGAAAACGCUUUCCCAUAUGGGAAAGUGCUAAAGGAAAACGAGGAAGCGGAAGAGCAGGACGAGAAAACCGAGAAGAGAGAGAUGUGCGUCUGUCCAAAGCCCUGACUUAUGUCCUAAGACAUGGUGCUGCUAAAAUGGGGUUUAACAUGGGCUCAGAUGGCUUUGUAUUUGUGGAUGAACUUCUCACUCAUGGACAGUUCCGUUCAUUUUCAAUGGAGGACAUAGAGAGAGUGGUGGCUACAGAUGAGAAGAAGCGCUUCAAAAUGAAAAACCAUAUUGAAAAUGGACGGCCACAGAUCCGUGCUAAUCAAGGACAUACUGUACAGGUUGAAGACCUAGAAUUGACAGCAGUGGUUCUGGGUGCUCCAGACUGUCCACAGGAGGCUGUUCAUGGGUCCUACAUGAUUCACUGGUCGUCUAUCCGUAGCCAAGGCCUGUCGAGGAUGAAGAGAACACACAUCCACCUGGUGCCUUGCCUGCCUGGAGAAGGCCAAGUUAUCAGUGGUCGAUAUACGUGGAACUCGUGGAUGUUUAUAGUGGAGACUCACUGUUCUGGGAUGAGACCUAAGUGUGAACUUGCUGUGUACAUCAAUGUCCCUAAAGCAAUAGCAGACGGAAUUAAGUUUUUCUGGUCCGAAAAUAGAGUGCUUUUGACGCCAGGUGAUGCUGACGGAGUAUUGCCUCCUCGAUAUUUCUUGCGUGCACAAAGACUGAAACCUUCACUAUCUGUUGUGAGCCGUUGUUCAGCAAUAACUGUAAGUAAAGUUUCCGUUAACUGUUGAUCAGUUCUUCUUUUGAUUAGAAUAAUUUUAUUCCAUUCCUCAGAUCAGAAGAGUUCAACACUCGGAUUUUAGUGGGUGUCCUCACAUGAACUGCUUGCUGUUUAGGUCCUUCCACAAUUUUUGUUUUGGACUAAAGUCCGGACAUUGACUUGGUCAUUAUAAAACAUCAUUGUUCCUCUUUAAUAAUUCCUCUUUUGGUAGACAGACUUGGGUGCUUGUCCUUGUUGUGACUUAGUGACUUAGCUAAGUAUACUCAGAAUUUGUUCUCUGCAUUAACCCAUUCAAAGUGCACACACACAGCAGUGAACACACACCCGGAGCAGCCAUUUAUGCUGCGGUGCCCGGGGAGCAGUUGGAGGGGUUCGGUGCCUUGCUCAAGUCGCACCUCAGUCGUGGCUGGCCCGAGACUCGAACCCACAACCUUCGGGUUACGAGUCAGACUCUCUAACCAUUAGGCCAUGACUGUUGUCUUGGUGUAUGAUCCAUUUUUUCUAGAGAUUCAGUUCAUGGACAGAUGUCUUGUUUAGAGAUCAUUGGCAUAAUUCUGAAUUCAUUGUUCUGUCAAUGAUUACGUGUUCUGGCUCAGAGGCAGCAAUACAGGCCUAAAGCAUGAUACAACCAUCACCAUGUUUUACAGACAUUAUAAGGUUCUUAUGCUGGAACUUUUUCCUUUCUCCAAAAAUAAUAAUGCUUCUCAUUUUAAAACAAAAAGUUUAUCUUCUACAAAUGAUUUCUCUUAUGGUCCUCUGCCUUGUCCACGUGAUCUUUAGCAAACUUGGGCAGCAAUGUUCUUUUUGGAGCGCAGUGGUUUUCUCCUUGCACAUCGAGGUGGUUGACCACUUGUAUGUACCAAUGGUCUUCAAUUUCCUCCAUUUGUACAAAAUCUAUAUGGCUGAGUCCAAACUCUUAAGAAAUGAUUUUGUAACCUUUUCUUUUUCUAAAGUACUCAGAAAUCUCGAUUGUUUUUGCAAUGAUUUCCUUCCACAAACACACAUCAUGAACAUCAGACAUUGAUAUCUCUGUUCUUUAAAUAAAAUAGGACAAUAAUGGGGGACCUGAUUGUCAUCUCAUUGACUAAAAUCAGUUGGACUCUAAUUUGACCCUGAAAUGAAGUACUAUAUUAUAUAUCUGUGAGAGGCAAAAACAUGUGAAAUACUUUUGCCUCUCACAGAUAUACUGUAUAAUUUUGGAACUUUUUCAUGAAUACAAAAAAUUACCAAGUCUAAUAUAUUAGUCUGAUCUCUUUGGGUUCACUUUGUCUGUUUUUGGGACUUUUGUGAAAAUCUGAUGAUCUAGAAAUUUUUAAAGGGUUCACAAACUUUCAAGCGACACUGGGUAUUGAUGGCAUGGGUAAAUGUUUUGUUUUCCAGUCAUUCUUUAUCAAAUACUGUAUUCUCUCAUUUAAACUACUUCGAUCCUGGAUCAGCUUAGUUCAUUAGAGCAUGUUCUCCUCAUAUUUGUGGCUUCUGAAUACAGAUUGUGUUCAUUAGACAAUACUUUGGUAUUGUCUUCAGAAUUUUUCCCGAAGAAGAGAAUAACAUAAUGUAUGUCUUUUAA